CACUGCUUCCACUGGGGAUCCACGCAGCGGCGCAGAUAUGGCUGAUCACCGCCGGACGGGACGCCGCUGUUUAUAAGCGAAAGUUCACUCCGAAAUAGUGAAUUUUGAACAAGUCAGUAAUGUCCGUACUGAGGCGCAGGCAGACUGCGACACGGCGCGCAGCUCUGGGAUAGCGAUCCUCCGGAGGGGAACAACAAAUCUGGUGGUUUUCUCUCCCUCUCUCUCUCUCUCUCUCUCUCUCUCGGUGGAGCGGAGUAGUUGGAGGAAGUUGUCGCAGUGGAUUCAUCCCAGCCUGGAUUAACAACAGGAACAAUAGUCUGCAGCAGAAACCAGCAGGCCCGUGGGCCCCGGUGGUGCGGUUGAGAGGAUGGACAGGAUGAAGAUCAUCAAGCGGAGGCUGUCCAUGUCUCUACGCAGCGCUCGGCCCGUCGAUGACUCUCUAUCCGAACUUGCGGAACAGAUGGCCUUGGAUGAGCCAUCCACAGCCAGGGACAAUGAGCCCAUGGUGGUGUGCAACGUGCACCCUCCUGCCUCCCAUAGCGCUCCCUCCUUCCUGCGCCAAUAUGCUGGUCAUCUGGGCCGCACCGCCCUGCGCAGGGAGCCAGGCGGGGGGCUGGAAAGAGACCGAGCCUUCCUGAACCUUCACAGGACUGGAUCGCUGGGAAUUGUGCAUGAAAAUGUGAAGAUGGGCUCAGACGGGGAGAGUGAUCAGGCGUCCGGCACGUCUUCCGACGAGGUCCAGAGUCCAGUGAGGGUCCGCAUGAGGAACAACCACCAUCGGCGCAUCUCCAAUGAGGACAUAAACAAGCGUUUGUCUCUCCCAGCUGACAUCAGGCUACCGGAGGGCUACUUGGAGAAGUUUGCCAUGAAUAGCCCGCCUUUCGACAAGCCCAUGAGCCGCAGGCUACGACGCGCAUCACUGUCUGAAAUCGGUUUCGGGAAACUGGAGACCUACAUCAAACUGGACAAAUUAGGAGAGGGGACCUACGCUACGGUAUUUAAGGGGCGAAGCAAGUUAACAGACAAUUUGGUCGCUCUGAAGGAGAUCCGUCUGGAGCAUGAGGAGGGAGCGCCCUGCACUGCAAUCAGAGAAGUGUCUCUGCUGAAAGACUUGAAGCACGCCAAUAUUGUCACUCUUCACGACAUUAUCCACACUGACAAGUGCCUCACACUGGUGUUUGAGUACCUGGAAAAAGACCUGAAGCAAUACAUGGACGACUGCGGGAGCAUUAUGAGCGUUCACAACGUCAAGAUCUUCUUAUUCCAGCUCUUAAGAGGUCUGGCGUACUGCCACAGAAGAAAGGUCCUGCACAGAGACCUCAAACCCCAGAACCUGCUCAUCAAUGAGAAAGGAGAGCUGAAGCUGGCGGACUUUGGAUUAGCAAGAGCGAAGUCCGUGCCUACGAAGACCUACUCCAAUGAAGUUGUGACAUUAUGGUACCGGCCACCAGACGUUCUGCUGGGCUCCACCGAGUACUCCACUCCUAUUGACAUGUGGGGUGUUGGCUGUAUCUUUUAUGAAAUGAUCACGGGCAGACCUCUUUUCCCUGGAUCCACAGUCGAGGACGAGCUUCACCUCAUAUUCCGAAUCCUGGGCACUCCUACAGAAGAGACUUGGCCUGGGAUCACCACCAGUGAAGAGUUUAAGACGUAUAAUUUCCCCCUGUACCGUGCGGAGCCCCUUGUUAACCAUGCGCCCAGGAUAGACAAUGACGGCCAUGACUUGCUCUCAAUGCUCUUACAGUUUGAGGCGAAGAAGCGCGUCUCAGCUGAGGAGGCCCUCAGACACUCCUACUUCAGAAGUUUUGGGGAUCAGGUUCAAACACUGGCUGACACUGCGUCCAUUUUCUCUGUAAAAGGCAUUCAGCUGCAGAAAGAUCCAGGGAAGAGAUCCUCAGUCUAUCCGGAGUCAACGAUGGCCCAUAAGCUAGGCUCCGCACCCUCGCAGUACUUCCAGAGAGAGGCAGCCAAUCCCAGGGCUCAGAGUCACAAUCUCUCCUCCACUUCCACUGGCUGACUGGCCCCUACCGUUCUGCCCAAGGGAAGAGCAGAAGGCAGAGUGUGUUGUUUUAGUGCUGGUGGGGAGACGACCGAAGGAGGAGGAGGAGGAGGAGGAGGAUGAAGAGGAUGAGGAGGAGGACACUGACACGUGGAGCCGUGUCGUCAGACGUAGAUUCACUGGCCCCGCCAAACAGACGCACACAGAAGGAGUGGCACAGACCCUGCCACACACACACACACACACACACACACACACACACACACACACACACACAGCUGAAGAAAUAAUAUCUUAAGAAUAGAGACUUUGCUUAAUUGUAAAAAAAAAAAAAAAAAAAAAAAAACACAUAAAGAAACAAAGAAAAAAAACUGUGUGAUGCUGGAAGAAAAGUGGAAGAGUGUUAGAUUCUCCUUGAUGCUGCUACUACACCCACUGCUGUCCAGAAGAGGGCAGCGUUCAGGACGAGCGCUGACUCGGUUUUCACAGAACUUGCUGUAUCAGUGAGCUGUAAAGAAGGAGGAGUCACAGAAACAGAGAUGAGGUACACUAUCACUUUUUUUUUUUUUUUUUGGAAGCUAUUGUAUAUAGAGACUGAGCUGUAAAACUCUGCUUUUUCAUAACACACCUCAGCCUGAUACCAGACUAAAAAUUGCACCUUGACUCCUAACCCUGGCCUUUUGACCCUUUUAAAGCAACACACAUAAUCUCUCUCUCUCUCUCUCUCUCUCUCUCUCUCUCUCUCUCUCUCUCUCUCUCUCUCUCUCUCUCUCUCUUCCCCAACCCCACCCACACACACAUAUUCGCGCACACACACAUUUGAUCUGGAAGGUAUGAGUGUGUAAAUCGGAGUUUACAGAGUUGAGCCUUUGCACCUUAUUGUCCAGUCGAGGUCAGGGUGACGUUACCUCAGCGGUCGCGCUCGUGCAGCGCAGGGUGUGAAACGACACACUCCAGGUGUUACCGAAAUCACAUCGACGAACCAAAAAGAAGUCAGAGCGGCUCGCCGAGCGUCAGGUGUGAACCUAAUGUCGCGCACGUUUCACUGCUCUGGAAUUGAAUACAUUGUAGUCGGCGUUUGUCACCUUCUCAUGUGCUGUAAAAAAAAAAAAAAUCACCACUUUGUAAGACGCUUCUGUUGCAGUAGACGAGAAGGACGACGCUGAAGUACGGGGGCGACGCAAGUGUACAAACCCUCACCUGUGUGUUCUUAGACACCCCUUCCCGUUGUCUCGAUUUGUUGUCUGGUGGUCUGAUUUUACCUCUUUAGAUCAUGAGUAGAUCAUUCAACAACCCUGCCUUGUCCUGCCCAGACCUUUGUGCAUUUAUUUUACUCUU